AUGUCCGAGGUAUCUCAAUGGUUGGACACCUGCACUAAGCAACACCCCAAAUGCCAUCUCGCGGAAAACACCCCGUUACCAUCACGAGUGCUUGAGAUCGACGCGAGUCCUGACCACCCUCUGAAGCUGAGGCUCUAUAGAGGUGCACCUGACGAAAUGGGACGGUACAUUUGCCUCAGUUAUUGCUGGGGACCAAAGGGAAGUCCGGUUCAACUAACGAAAGAAACACUGUCGCAAUUCCAACAGGAUAUCGCGUGGGACACACUUCCCCUCACUUUUCAGCAUGCUGCACUUCUUACGAGACAGUUUGGCGUUCGGUAUUUGUGGAUUGACUCACUGUGUAUCGUGCAGAACGACAGUGAAGACUGGCGUGAGCAUUGUCCACGUAUGGCUGAAAUAUAUCAUAACGCUUACAUCACCUUGGCGGCCAGUGCUGCGCCAGACCCUCAAGCGGGUCUGUACUCUAUAUCCGAUGAUGAAUGGGCCCGUGGAAAGGAAAUCUUCAGCACGAGCGGCGGUCACCCAAUUCGUGUCUUUGCUCGUGCCCCUAUGCUCGACAUGAACACGAGACGGGAUCGUGAGCCUCUUUUUAUGCGAGCAUGGGCGUAUCAGGAGCGCAUGUUAUCGCAUCGCAUCCUCUACUUCUCUCAACGGGAGAUGAUGUGGGAAUGUAACGAACAAGUUGCAUGUCAAUGUCUUCACUUGCAAGAACAAAUGAGUCUCAAAAUCGCAUUUUCCGAAUCUGCCAAUACAAGGGACUUCAACCUCUGCUGGAAUGAGAUUGUGAGCGAGUACAGCAGUCGCAAUCUAUCCCAUACAGCCGAUAGACUACCUGCAUUAGCAGGAAUUGCCAAAAGAAUGCACUCAUUGAGGGCCAACGAUACUUAUAUAGCGGGCUUGUGGCGAAGCACCCUUUGCCAGGACCUAAUAUGGUACGAUUCAAGGUUGAGAGUUCAUGCGAGACCGACUUGGCAGGCGCCUCAUGGUCCUGGGCGUCCGUCAGUUAUGCAGUCACUUUCGAAAUGA